CGCCUGCCCGUCUGGCUGUGCGCCGUCGCGGCGCUGCUCUCGGGGACGGAGGCCAAGGGCACCCCGUUCUUGGCGCGGCCCGCGCCGCCCGGCGCUUCCCGCUACAGUCUCUACACGACGGGAUGGCGCCCGCGGCUGCGCCCGGGGUCGCACAAGGCCCUCUGUGCCUACGUGGUGCACAGGAAUGUGACCUGCGUCUUACAGGAGGGAGCAGAGAGCUAUGUGAAGGCGGAGUACCGGCAGUGUGGAUGGGGGCCCAAGUGCCCCGGGACAGUCACGUACCGCACGGUGCUCAGACCCAAGUACAAGGUCGGAUACAAGACAGUGACAGACCUCGCCUGGCGUUGCUGCCCCGGCCUCACUGGGGAACAGUGCCCUGAGCACCUCACGGACCAAGAGGCUGCCCCACCCCAGCUGGAGCGAGAGCCCCAGAUUCCCUCGGGGCAGCUGGGCCCAGGCUCCAGGCCCCCUCCUUACAGCAGAGUGGCCCCCAGCCCUCACGGAAGGAAAGGCCCAGUGCUAUUUGGCAAGCGGCUGGAACGCCUGGAGGGUGAUGUCCAGCGCCUGGCACAAAUAUAUGGUACCCUCAGCGGCAUUGUGGCCAGCCAGGAGGACCACGACAGGAUGACUGGUGGUCCCAGGACUCCUGCUGCCCCUGUGGGCUUCGGGGUCAUCCCCGAGAGGCUUGUGGAUCCAGGAGAGAGGGCCAGAGGGCCACCCACACCUCCUCUGGCCGAGAUCCUGAGCAAGGUGACUGAGGUGAGCAACACACUGCGAACCAAGGUGCAGCUGCUGGAUGAGGUGCAUGGGCUGGCGCUCGGCCAUGAGGCCCACCUGCAGCGCUUGCGGGAGGCCCCGCCGUCCCCACUCACCUCCCUGGCGCUCCUGGAGGAGUAUGUGGACCGACGUCUGCACCGCCUUGGGGGGAGCCUGCUGGACGGCUUUGAGCAGAAGCUGCAAGGCGUCCAGAGCGCAUGUGACCUGCGGGUGCAGGAGGUUCAGCGGCAGUGUGAGGAGGGCCAGGCAGCCAGUCAGAGGCUGCAUCAGAGCCUCGAUGGCCGGGAGCUGGCCCUGCGCCGAGAGCUCUCCCAGCUGGGUAGCCGGCUGCAGGGCCUAAGCACAGCAGGUGGGGGUAGCUGCUGCAGCCAGCUGGCCUUGAUCAGUGCCCGUGUGGACAGCCUUGAGAGAACCUUGCAGUCAAUCACCCAGACCCAAAGGGCCCCUGGUGGCCCAGCUGGGGAUGAGCUCACGCACCUCUCAGCUGCCAUGCUGGAAGGAGGAGUGGAUGGGCUACUUGAGGGCCUGGAGGCACUCAAUGGGACAGAGAGUGGAGUGAGGGGCUGCUGCCUGAGGAUGGAGAUGGGGGGCUGGGGGACGGGUGGCUUUAGGACCAUGCUGGAGGAGCGCGUGCAGAGCCUGGAGGAGCGCCUGGCGACAAUGGCUGGGGAGCUAGGCCAUGACAGCACUCCACCAAGCAGAUCAGCACGGCCCCUUGUGCAGACGGCGGAGUUGGCUGUGCUAGAACAACGGCUGGUCUCGUUGGAGACCUCAUGCAUCCCCAGCACCACCUCGGCCGUCCUGAACAACCUAAUGGCGGAGGUGAAGGCCUGGCGGAGCCGGAGUGAGGCCCUUCUACGCCAGGUGGCCCGCCACGCAUCUCUGCUCCGGCAGCUCAACGGCACCGUGGCCGAGGUCCAGGGGCAACUGGCAGAAGGGACAGGCAGCUCACUCCAAGGAGAGAUCACUCUGCUCAAGGUCAACCUGAACUCUGUGAGCAAGUCACUCACAGGCCUCAGUGACUCUGUCAGCCAGUACUCUGACGCCUUUUCGGCUGCCAACACGUCCCUAGAUGAGAGAGAACGCAAGGUAGAAGCCGAAGUUCAUGCCAUCCAAGAGGAGGUCAGCAGUCACGGCUCCAGGCUCCAGGCUGGCCAUAGGCAGGUCGUGAACCUGAGGGGUGAGCUGGAGCAACUCAAGGCUGGCGUGGCCAAGGUGGCUGGAGGACUGAGCCGCUGCCAGGACACAGCCCAGGAACUCCAACAAGCAGUGGGCCACUUUGACCAGCGGGUGGCACAAGUGGAGGGCACCUGCAGGGGUCUGGGGGUGCUGGCUGCAGGCCUGGACAGCUUGCCCAGGGAGGGCCUGUGGGGCCAUGUGGACCAGCUGAAUCGCACGCUGGCCCAGCACACACAGGACAUUGCCCGCCUACGAGAUGACCUGCUAGACUGCCGGGCCCAGCUGGCUGAGCAAGCACGGCCAGGACAAGCCGACUAGGGAGGCUGGAGGGGAUAUAACCCCCAGAUCCCACCAACCCAGGGAACAUCACCCCAGAGCACAGUCUUACCCAGUAGUGCCUCCUUGCUGCCCCUGGCCAGCCCAGAUGCCACUUCCAAGGCCAUUGAAAGAAUGGGCUUGGCCCACUGCCACAUGACUGUCCCAGCCACCAAAAUCCAUGCUCAGUGCUGCACAAACUGGUCCAGGAUAGUGGUCAAGGCAGGGAUGUCAUGCCUGAAAGCCGGGAUGGACUUAAGUGCCCUCUUAUUCCACUGUCUGCAAAU